AUGUCCGAGAAAUCUGUGGUUGGCCUAGCGCCUCCUGUUCCUGAUCAACCUACCACCAACAUAGCCAGUAUAGCUGAGACAAGCGACGAUCUGCAGAAUAUACAAGACCAGUAUGAUGCAGAACGUAAGAAACGCCUACGCCCUGACGGACCAACCCAAUAUGUUGACUUGACCGAUGACCCCGCCUACUUGAACGAAUUCAUCGUCGUCAACACCGAUAUGCUCCAGCAGAGGCAAACCCGAGUCCUCAUCGUCGGUGCUGGGUUCGGAGGUCUGCUAUUCGCAGUGCGACUGCUCCAAUCUGGAUUCCUCCGUGCGAGUGAAAUCCUCUUCGUGGAUGCAGCAGGUGGCUUUGGAGGAACGUGGUGGUGGAACAAAUACCCCGGCUUGGUCUGCGAUGUCGAGAGCUACACUUACAUGCCCUUGCUAGAGGAAACGAAGUACAUGCCGCCGCAUAAGUAUGUCAGCGGGUCGGAAUUGAGGCGACACGCGAAGCGCAUUGCCAGUCAAUGGAAGCUCAGCCAGCGGGCUUUGUUCCAGACCGAGGUCGAUAACUUGGUUUGGAAUGAGCGGGAUUCUCAAUGGACUGUCAAUAUUAAACCUCGUGGCCAGCGAUCCACUGCGAUACAGUCUGAUUUUGUUAUCUUGGCUACUGGGUUGCUGAGUUCACCGAAGAUACCGAAAUUGGACGGGCUUGAGACGUUCGAGGGGAAGGUUUUCCACACCUCGCGCUGGGACUAUGAUUACACCGGCGGAAGUCCAGACAGCCCGAUGAUGGAUGGACUACGAGACAAGACAGUUGGAUUUGUCGGAACGGGCGCAUCUGCCGUCCAGGUGAUCCCACACCUUGCCGGGUGGGCAAAGAAAUUGAUUGUCUUUCAGCGCACACCGUCUUCUGUGGAUUCGCGUUACAAUCACCUCACCGAUCGCACCUGGUGGGCGAAACUGAUCAAAGGAGGCCCCGGUUGGCAACGAAAGCGCAUGGAGAAUUUCAAUGCCUUCUGCUCGAACGAGAGUCCCCUCCCAGAUGUUGACCUUGUCGAUGAUGGUUGGACCAAGAUGCAGUCCCUCGGUGUACUGAUCGGCAGUCCCUCCGGUCUUGACCCGGACUACCUAACGCGGAUGCAUCAAUUGGACUUGCAACGCCAAGAGGCGAUCCGCCAUCGCGUGGAAACCACUGUGGCCGAUCCCGCUACUGCUAGUGCUUUGAAGCCGUGGUAUCCUGGAUGGUGCAAGCGGCCAUGCUUCAGCGACAACUUUCUCCCGGCAUUCAACCGGCCCGACGUUUCCCUGGUGGACACGAACGGAAAAGGGAUCCGGACUGUGACAGAGAAAGGCAUCUUGGUAGAGGGCCAAGAGUAUGACCUGGACACCAUCAUUUUCGGAACCGGCUACAGUCUUGGGGGUAGUGCCGAUCGCGGGGCUAUGACCGUCACCGGACGUGACAACCAGAUCCUGCCGGAAAAAUGGCAGAAGGGCAUGACUUCACUCCAUGGAGUAAUGACCAAUGGGUUUCCCAAUCUGUUCUUCCCAGGUCCGUAUCAAGCAGGAGCAUCAGCGAACCAGGUCUAUGUUCUCGAUCAGCUUGCCGUUCAUGUCGCCUACAUCAUUUCGGAAGCCGGCAAGUUGAUCUCGGAGCGAAACCCAGAUGUCACCGUGCCCGGGCUUACUAUUGAGCCGGACUGUCGCUCCGAAGAGGAAUGGACUUCGAAGGUUUUGAUGAGAGCCCGAGCGCUCAGAGGUGUGAUGGAUUGCACUCCGGGGUACUUCAAUCGGGAGGGACUCCAAUUUGACGACGGUGAAGCCUUGCGGGCGGCGCAGUUCAGUAUCUGGGGAGAGGGGAUUAAGAGUUAUGUGAAGGAGAUUGAAGAUUGGCGGCAGACGGGCGGGUUGGCCGGGCUUGAUAUUCAGGCCCGACAUGGCGCGUAG